GCGGUGACAGCGGCGACAGCCACGACAGGCGCGACAGGCACACGUGCCCGCCGGGAGCGGCGCAGCGCUGCGAUGGGCGUCUGCGGGCAGAAUAAGGAUGAUUGCUCAGCUGUUACCCACAGAAGAGUCUGUCUGUGAGGAUAUUCCUGUGCUCAGAGGUGUCCCUGCUCCCUUACGAUGCACACACAUCACCCUGGGGAUUGCUGAGGCUGCUGUGAGCAGGAGGCAUUGCUGAGAGAUCCCCUUGCAGCAAUGGACUUGGACAAGCACUCGGUGUGGGGAUCCCUCAAGCAGAAGACGCGGCCGUUCCUGCGCAACCUGAGCGUGAGGAGGACGAAGAAGAGGCCUGGCAAGAUGCUGGAGAGGAAGGGCCGCUCCUUGGACCGCUGUCUCAGCGUGUCAGUGCCCGACAUGCUGGAGGUGGAGACCCUCAUGGAGGAAGGAGAGGAGGAGGAAGAAGAAGCUCAGGCGCUGCCCGGCCGCUCCCCCAGGAGCUUUGGCAGGCCGGGGGUGUCGCUGAAGGGCAGCACGGCGGCGGGAGAGGAGUGGCCGUGGGCGUCCCCGCAGGGCCCGCGGGCGGAGGUGGCCGUCGCCAGCCCGGCCACGCAGGCCGUGGGCGCUGCCCUGGCUGAGGCCGUGGGCAGCGCCGUGUCCGAGGGCAGGAGGAGAUCCAGCGAGGACCUGCUGGAGCUGCUGCCGAGCGCCCGCCGGAGCAGCCAGGGCGCGGAGUACCCUUGUGGAGAAAUGGAUUUUGACUCUUCCCUAUCAUCUCAAAAUUUUGAUGACCAAAUGGCUCUGGAGGAAGCAAACGACUGCCUGAGUGACCUGCCCAGCCCCUUUGCCUACCUGCUGACCAUCCACCUGAAGGAAGGCAGGAACCUGGUUAUCAGGGAUCGCUGUGGUACAAGUGACCCGUACGUGAAGUUUAAACUGAAUGGCAAAACCCUCUACAAAAGUAAGGUAGUGUACAAGAACCUCAACCCAGUUUGGGAUGAAACAGUUGUGCUGCCCAUACAGACCCUCGAUCAAAAACUCUGGAUCAAGGUGUACGAUCGUGAUUUAACCUCUUCAGACUUCAUGGGUUCGGCAUCUGUAGCGCUCACUGAACUUGAACUUAAUAGAACUACUGAACAGGUUUUAAAACUGGAAGAUCCCAACAGUUUAGAAGAUGACAUGGGAGUGAUUGUAUUAAACUUGAGUCUAGCAGUCAAGCAAGGAGACUUCAAGAGAAAUAGAUGGUCAAGUCGAAAGAAACGAACUUCAUCCAAGUCGAGUUUCACGCGGAGCAUGCGGCUCUCGGAGUCUCUGCGCAAGAACCAGCUGUGGAACGGGCUGGUCACCAUCACCCUCUUGGAGGGGAAGAACAUGCCCAGAGGGGGCUUGGCAGAGAUCUUCAUUCUCCUCAAACUGGGAGAUCAAAGAUACAAGAGCAAGACACUGUGUAAGAGUGCAAAUCCUCAGUGGAGGGAACAGUUUGAUUUUCACUACUUCUCUGACAGGAAGGAUAUGUUGGACAUUGAGGUGUGGAGAAAGGAUAACAAAAAGCAUGAGGAGCUUUUGGGAACAUGCCACGUUGACAUUACUGCCCUGCCAACAAAGCAGACCAACUGCUUGGAGCUGCCUCUGGAAAAGCAUCCAGGGUCCCUGCUGAUGCUGAUUGCUGUUGCCCCAUGUGCAGGAGUGUCCAUCUCUGAUCUGUGUGUCUGUCCUUUGGCAGACCCCAAUGAACGGCAACAGAUUUCUCAGCGUUAUUGUAUAAAGAAUUCCUUUCGGGACAUAAAGGACAUUGGCUUCUUACAAGUCAAAGUUUUAAAAGCAGUGGACCUGAUGGCAGCAGAUUUUUCAGGCAAAAGUGAUCCUUUCUGUGUCUUGGAGCUGGGGAACGACAUGCUUCAAACACACACCGUUUACAAGAACCUCAAUCCAGAGUGGAACAAAGUUUUCACAUUCCCUAUUAAAGAUAUUCACGAUGUUUUGGAAGUGACAGUGUUUGAUGAAGAUGGAGAUAAACCCCCUGAUUUCCUUGGAAAAGUUGCCAUCCCUUUGCUGUCUAUUAGAAACGGUAAACAAAGUUGUUACACACUGAAGAAUAAAGACUUGGAACGUGCUUCAAAAGGAGUCAUUUACUUGGAGCUGGAUGUCCUAUUUAAUCCUAUAAAAGCAAGUAUUAGAACAUUCAAGCCUCGAGAAAAGCGCUUUACUGAGGAGAACCGCAAAUUUUCUAAAAAGAUCUUAUCAAGAAAUGUUGAUCGCGUGAAAAAAAUCACCAUGGCAAUAUGGAAUACAAUACAAUUCCUUUGGAGCUGCUUUCUCUGGGAGUCCACAGUAAAGAGCCUGAUAGCAUUUGUGGUGUUUGUGGUCACUGUCUGGACCGUGGAGCUGUACAUGGUGCCCCUGGCUUUGCUGGUGCUCUUUGCAUACAACUUCUCCCUUGUCACCACAGGGAAGGUCAAUAAUGCCCAGGAUGCCCAGGAGCUUAUGGGCUUGGAUGAAGAUGAGGAUGAAGAUGAUAAGGAAUCUGAAAAAAAGGGGCUAAUUGAGAGAAUCCACAUGGUCCAAGAGAUCAUCAUAGCUGUUCAAAGCAUCCUGGAAGAAAUAGCAUCGUUUGGAGAGAGGAUUAAAAACACAUUCAACUGGACGGUGCCUUUCCUCUCUGUCCUGGCCUGCUUGGUCCUGGCAGCAGCAACAGUUAUUUUGUAUUUUAUACCACUGAGGUACAUUGUUUUAAUCUGGGGCAUAAAUAAAUUUACUAAGAAGCUUAGAAAUCCCUAUGCCAUCGACAAUAAUGAGCUACUAGAUUUCCUCUCCAGGGUACCAUCUGAUGUUCAAAAGGUGCAGCACGCCGAAUUGAAGCCAUCCAGCAGCUCCAGCCCCAUCAGGAAGAAGAGGAGCACGCUGUAGGAUGCAGCAGGGCUGGGAAUGCAGCGCCUCCCUCCCUGCACAGGCGUGCACACACAGCUCCCCUCCCCUCCUCCUCGCUUCAGAACAACGCCAGAGCCACUGCCACCGACUUUCUCCUGCUUGGAAGAUGUGGUUUUUGAUAAACGCCUGCCUUGGCUUUCUUUUCUGGGUUGUCUUUUUGGCGUGGAAUCCCAAAAAAAGAGCAAGGUGAAGCGUGAAUUAGUUUGUGGGAUAGGGAGGAGAAUGGGAGAGGAUGGUGCAACUGCACCUUUUAUUUUUCUCUUUUUUUUUCCUCCCCUUUGAUUGCAGAGACAAGGCUGGAUGUGGCAGCACUCCCUGUGUUAUGUAGGAAGAGAUAAUUCUGCUUAGUGUAGCAGAUCAGCUGAGCUGAUGUGAGGAGAUGCUCUGAACCAGUUUUUAACAUAUCCAACAGAUUUACAUUAAGAUAUGAAAGCUAUUCUUUUCUGAGUUAAAUCACUGUGCCUAGAAAGGUUUAAGCUCUGAAUUAACGAGUCUUUGAUACCCAUCUUCUGUUCAAGCAGUGUACAUUUUAAAAAGUUUUUUAUCAUAAUUAGCAGAAAGAGCUAGGAGCUCCAACAGUAUCUCAAUAUUUCAUCCAGCACUUGUGGGUUUUUCUUUUUCUUUUUCUUUUUUUCCUCCUUUUUUUUUAAAAGCCCAGCCUGUGGUUAACUCUUUGUAUACUGGAAUCAUUGGAGAUCCAUUGCUGGCAAUGGAUGCAUGAAAACCUUAUGCCAUGAAAGGAUUAAGAGAAAAGGCUAACUCAGUGACCUGAAAAGACUCUGUUGGCUUGCCUUUUAUAAUUCCAUCUCAUCAGAUAUUUUCAGCAUAGCUGUUGUUUUCCUGUCUAAAUCCAGAGGGGUCAACACUACAGAUCCAAGAGGAAAAAAAAGCAAAAACACUUUAUAGCCUUAAAGAAACAAGUGCUUGUGCAGAAGGAGAGCACGUGCCCAAAGAAGUGGUUGUGCAAUAGUGUGCAGGCUUUGGUCCACCACUGAUGUCUUCUUGCACUCUUUCCUGGUGGUUCACAAGGAGAGGACCCAAAAGUGAAGUCAAGUGGAAACAGCAAUGGAAGGACAGAAGAAAGGACCCCAUUUUGUGUUCUGUGAAGAAUGUGAUUUCUUGCUUACUUACCAAUCUUUUAGCAAUUGUGCAUUUGCUUUAUGUGUUUCAGAAAACCAGCAUUAGUCAGGCUGUUUGACUGGGGAAGCUAAAACACAGAAUCACAUGUAAAACCUGCUUAAUAUUGGUGAUACUGCAGCUCUUGGUCCUUUAGAUGCUGUGGGACAUUUUGGGAGUGAUUUGUCACCACAAGUCAUUGGUAGCAUGAGAGCUGGAGUUGUUGCUUAUGAUUCCCAGGCAGGGAUUACCACCAGCAUUCCCUGGGGCAGUUGACAGUACACAAAGAAAUACAGAAACCUGAGAGACAGGAUUCUUUUUGGAAAAAAAAACAAACCCAAACCAAAAAGAAAUCAACCAAAAAAAAAAAAAAAAAAAAAAAAAAAAAAAAAAACCAACAAAAAAAGAAAAAAUGGCUUUGAAAGUCAUCUAAUAAAAGGUAAAAUGGUUAAAACCUUGCUUAUGGAUUGGUGAUCCAGAUGGAGUUGUUUGUGGUUCCAUAGCACAAGCUUGUGGGCCUGUUCCAGGAAUUUGAAGAAGGAAAACUAACAGCAGACUAUCUUCCACUGGGUUAUUAGCUCGAUUCAGUAGUUUUUCAUAAGUUUAUUUUUCGAAGUCCCACUGUGCCUUUGAAUAAGGACAGGCACAUUUUCAUAUACUUGAUUGGCUAAAGAAUGUAUUUUGCUCAUGCAAAGCUGUGUGUAGCUGCAAAUGGAAGGAUUGAGGAAAGAUUAUCCUGGUUUAAAAAGCCACAAAAAUGCCUCUUUGUUUGCACGUGUGCUUGUGUACCCAUGCAUAUACAGAGUUGUGUAUAAAGAGUACAUGUAUAAUGUAUUUAUAGGCGAAUGUGUGGGGGAAAAUGGGUGAAUAUACAGAUUUAAAAAACCUUGAAAAUGUUUAUGAAAAAUGCCAAAGAUUCUAAAGCUUAUCAUCUCGCGUCUGUUCUUCUUCAUUUUGUAUCUUUCCCGGCAUGUCUCUCUGGCUGAGCCAGAUCUCUGCAUGAUUUGAUUUACUUCAACUUAAUGAAGCUGGUUGGAAAGAGCCUUGUAGAAAUUACAAAAUCUCCAGUAAAUCUCCUUCUUGUACAUACAAUAGACGUCCACGGAACCCUUUUGUUAAACCAGUUUCUCAAUCUUCUCUGUAAACAAUGCCUCAUUGUCUCGCUUAAAACUAUCAUCUGGUUUAUCAUACUGUAAUCUUGUCAUUUUGUAAGGACCAAAGUCAGGCAUGUUUAAGCAGGCGUGUGGGAUCUGAUUGUUGAUUUGAGUGAAAACAUUCAACUGCGGGAAAAACUGUUUAUUUAUUCAGAAACUCAGAUUGAUACUUUUGUAGUUUGAGGGGUUUUUCUUUAGGUUUUUCCACGUGGAACUGAUUUCUGUUCAGGAGACAGGGUGAUAUCUUUUUCUUCUUAUUCUUCUUUUAUUUUAUUUUUUAUUUUGUGUAGAUAUGUUGGGUUUUAGAAUAAUUUGUGUUAAUUGUUAUGCUGGAGAUAUACCAAAUGAAGGGGUUUGGAUGGUCCAGUACCUAUAUAAGUUGUGAUGAGCUCUUUGUUUUGAUAAAUGCUGUUUGAAAUACAAUAAAUAUUUGAGGUUAAGAUGA